CACAACACGAAUGUGAAAUCACUCUUUAUUUUGCAUGUUAACGUUUCAGUUCCAGAGAAAAUACUUUUGUUGAAUCUUUGCGUUAAAAUGUAGAAAGUGUUGAUACGUUAACUACGAGAAGCAUUUCACGAUGGCUUGGUUUGAUGUAGCAGCAAAAAAUAUGGGAUUUCCCACCAUUGAACUCUUUGUGAAGGCUGGCAGUGAUGGUGAAAGCAUUGGAAACUGUCCUUUCUCUCAACGAAUCUUCAUGAUUCUCUGGCUGAAGGGCGUCAUCUUCAACGUCACCACUGUGGAUCUUAAAAGGAAACCAGCAGAACUGCAGGAUCUCGCACCAGGCACCAAUCCACCGUUCCUAACCUUCAAUGGAGAAGUGCUGGUGGACGUCAACAAAAUCGAGGAGUUUCUUGAGGACAAAUUGGUUCCACCACGAUAUCCAAAGUUGGCAGCAAAGAAUCCAGAAUCCAACACAGCAGGAAUAGACAUAUUUGCCAAAUUUUCUGCCUACAUCAAAAACCCUCGUAAAGAAGCCAACGAUGGUCUGGAGAAAGUUCUUGUGAAGUCACUGAAGAGACUGGAUGAGUAUUUACAGACUCCACUUCCAGAUGAAAUCGAUGCCAACAGCACAGAUGAUUCUGGUACAUCUACACGCAGUUUUCUGGAUGGACCGGAUCUCACGCUGGCCGACUGCAACCUGCUUCCCAAACUACACAUCCUGAAGGUUGUUGCAAGGAAGUACAGAGGCUUUGAGAUUCCUGCAGAGAUGAGCGGCGUCUGGCGAUAUUUAAACACAGCUUACCAGAGAGAAGAGUUCAUGAACACCUGUCCUGCUGACAGAGAGAUCGAGUUUGCUUACCUGGAUGUUGCCAAAAAAAUCAAAUAGAUCAAAAUCAAGUUGUUCGGUCUUUACAAACUGUGUGUGUGUGUGUGUGUGUGUGUGUGUGUGUAUGCAUUUCUGAGAUAUUCACAUACUCAGAAGCACUCCCCAAUUACUGAGUCAUUUAGCUUUAGCAUUGGUUAAAACAAAUCAUUUGAAGACCAUGAACAAAAGGCCAUGAGUUAAACAUGUUGUAUGCCUAUGUGUGUGUGUGUGUGUGUGUGUGUGUGUGUGUGUGUGUGUGUGUGUGUGUGUGUGUGUGUGUGUAUGUGCAUGCAUGCAUGUUUGCAUGGGUGUGUUGAAAGGACUUCAUCAUGUUAGUGAAUUGGUUCAUUCAGACAGUUUGUUCCAAAGAACCAGUUUAAUAACUGAUUUAUUGAUUUAUUUAGAAGUGUUCACAGAAGCUCUUGAAUAAUAAUAAUAAUAAUAAAGUUAACAAUAAUAAUAAAGUAUUAGUUUAAUUGUGCUGCCCUUUUAUAUGUAUUUCUGUAAUAUUUACAUAAAUGCUCUCCCCGAUAACUGAGUCAUUUAGCUUUAGGAUCGGUUCAAACGAAUCAUUUAAAAGAAGCAUUUUUAAAAAUUAGUUAUUUUUUAUGUUGUAUGCUUGUGUGUAUUUGUGUGUGUGUGUGUGUGUAUUUGUGUGUAGCCGUGCGCUCACUGGUUGAGCUGUAUCUGAGAUGUUUUCAUUGAUUGGUUGGAUGAUUUUUUCUUUUAUUUAAUGGCAGGACCAGCAGUGUGAGACCAAACACAGUAAUACAGUUUUGUUGUAUGCUUCACAUUUGUUAUAUUUUAACACCUUAAUAUCUGUUAUCAUGGAUGAUAUUAACAUUCAUAAUGUUCACUAUGGCCUUGACCAAUGACUUUAUCUCAUCCUAAUAAUCUAUAGAUCUUGAUCAACUUUAUUCUUUGUAUAUUUAUUCUAUUUCCAUCAGAAUUACUCGUUAUGAUUACGUCAGGCCAGUUUAUUUAAACAUUUCUCUAUAUAAAAGCAUUGCAUAUAUGCUUAAUGAAUCUUUCCUUUAUGUAAACCGGUUCAUUUUCGACAGAUUGUAGUUGCUUUGUAAUUGAAAGCUUAGGUCUGCUUUCAUUUAUAUUUUGAUUGUGUUUAUCUGUGCACGUCUUAUUUACACAACUCUGUAACCUUGAAUGAACGCCUUAUGAUCCUCUGAUUCAGUGACUUGAAUUAAACUAAGCAGAAAACGUCA